CAAAUAAAUCACUAAUCAUUAAUCAAGUAGUAUAAACUUUCCUGGCAAUUACUUUGGCCCUAUAUCUUGGCCUCACUGAUAGCAUAAUCCUCAUAAGAAAACAUACACAAAAUAUCCUCAACAAAAACAUCAACUUCCUCAUGGAGGAGCUUCAGCUGAACUUAAAAGAAACACUAGCAGAAAAUGAGGACUGUUCAGACAUAAGUCUGAGACUGCAGGACGAGAAUGAUAUAGAUGAUAUGAUGAAAUGGGCUACAGAUGAUAAGGUGAGCAAAUUCUGUUCAUGGUCAACUUACACCUCAAGACAAGAAGCCAUAGACUACAUGGCCAACACUGUGGCUCCCCAUCCCUGGUGGAGAGCCAUAUGUGUCAACAACCGCGCCAUAGGAUCCAUUUCCGUGACUCCAUUCCAAGGGAAUGAUGUUUGUAGAGGGGAGCUUGGGUAUGUUUUAGCUUCCAGCUACUGGGGCAGAGGGAUUGUGACCAGGGCUGUCAAGAUGGUGGUGCAGAUGGUAUUUGCUGAGUGGCCUCAUUUGGAGAGGCUGGAGGCUCUGGUUGAUGUGGACAACGUGGGAUCGCAGAAGGUGAUGGAGAAGGCGGGGUUUAUGAGGGAAGGGGUGUUGAGGAAGUAUGUUGUUUUGAAGGGCAGGACUAGAGAUAUGGUGAUUUUUAGUAUUCUUUCUAGUGAGAUCACUCAGAGUUCAAGAAAACCCGUGUAGUCGGUGUAGAUUCAAGGUUUUAAGGAUUUCUAGUGUAAAAGUCCUUCAAGAAACCCCUUGUAAAUCCAAGGUCUUAAGGAUUUCUCGUGUAAAAGUCAUUUAAAGUUCUAGGCUUAUGUUUCCUGAUGAUUAUGUUAUUAGGCAAUUUCAAGAAUUGUUCUGUGUGUGAUAGUAUGAAGUUGAAAUCAUACAAGUUGUGGAGUGAAUUAUCAAAAAAAAACAAAAGCCACCAUCACUCAUUGACUUUUGACAAGUUGGGAUCCAAUAUUAGGAUAUACUAUAAUAUUACAUUGCAUAAAAUAAAAAUAUUGAAACAAGACAUUGCUUAGAAAAGUCUGAUUGCUGAACAAUCAAGGGAUAGGCUCAAUUUGUGUGCUUUCCUAUUUGUUUCCAAUCAGAGGUUUUGUUAAUUCCUGGGCUUUACACAGUUUUGUUGAAUCAUAUAUCUUUGCUGGUGGGGUUUCCACACUUGAGAACUGGGGAAUUUUCUUCUUGAGAGACUAAAAAGAGAAGAGCCAACGAAGUUCAGCAGAAAUGACAGCAGAAAACGAUGACAAUUCAGAUAUAACUCUCCGCUUGAUGGAUCUUGGUGACAUAGAUGAUUUCAUGGUGUGGGCUACAGAUGAUAAGGUGAGCCAGUUCUGCACAUGGAAAACAUGCACCUCUAAGGAAGAGGCAAUGACUUAUAUGAUCAACUCUGUCAUUCCUCAUCCGUGGAUGAGAGCGAUAUGUCUUAAGAACCGCGCCAUAGGUUACAUUAUGCUGACAGCAUUUGAAGGAAAUGAUGCAUGCAGAUGUGAAGUUGGAUAUGUGCUAGCUUCAAAGUACUGGGGAAAAGGGAUCGCCACAAGGGCACUGAAAAUGGUAGCUUCAACUGUUUUUUGCGAGUGGACACAUUUGGAGAGGCUUGAUGCUUGGGUUGAUCAAGAUAAUUUGGGAUCACAGAGAGUGCUGGUGAAAGCUGGAUUUCAGAAGGAAGGUGUUCUCAGAAAGUAUAUGCUGAUCAAGGGAAAGCCGAGAGAUAUGGUUGUUUUUAGUCUCCUGUCCACUGAUCCACACGUUAACUAAAAUGCAAACUCUAAUCUUGAUCUCUGUUUAUUUUUAUUCAUGUUGACUGUUGAGAUGUAAUUUUUGAGUUAUAAAUUGCAGUUCUUUGUGAUCCA